AUGCCUUCAUGCUUCCAAUAUCACUGGCACUAUCAGUACCAUCCGAAAGAUCGCAGAGGUUGCUCAUGUUCAUCCCGCGUGAGUGACCAUAAAACAUAUUGGGUUCUAAGCACUGAUGUGUGUGGAUGGAGUGGCCCUGGCGCCGCAUCGUCGGGUCGACGUGAAGGCGUUGAGCGUGGGUUUCUACGCAUUAUCCUGGUACAAGGUCACGACCUGGGCCCCGAUGGCCAAGCACGAGGAGCGCAACAGAUUAUACUGGAAUUCCUAGCUUCUAAUAGCCGGAUUCCCGUUAUCGGUGAACCUUCAGCCAGCAAGGAGCUCCGUAUGCCGGUUGUUAGUUUCGUUGUGCAGGGAGUGGACAGUCCGCGCCCCGUGGAUGAAGUUGAGCGUCGAUCGGCCUUUUGGUUCCGCAAUGGUCAUAUGUACAGCUACAGCUACAGCCACCGGCUACUGGCCGACGUGUGCAGAUUGGACAAUGUAAAGGACGGGGUGGUGCCGGUCAGCAUCCUGCACUAUAACACCGAGGCCGAAGUAUGGGGGCUGGUUCGUGGUCCCUGCGCCUCCCGGCAUCUUCCUAACCCGCCACCCACUUCUUCUCGCCACAGUGUGACUCUCUUUUCCCCUUCCUUUUUGCCCCCCCCCGAAUCUUUCUUAGUCAACUUAAAAACAGAUUUUGAGAAGAGUCAUAGCCUCACCUCCCCCGACUCUCGCCUCCUCCUCUGCCUAGCCGCUUCAACGACUGCCUUGUACAGACAAGCCACCAGCGUGGUUCUGCCUGUCCACGGUCCGUUGGGUGCCUUGAUAUAA